CGGCCGGUUUCGACCACGGCGACUGUUUCAGCUCCGUCGAAUACGUUGGUGUGCUCGCAAGUGGCUCGCGUAGCCGAUUUUAUUUGCGAAGACCCGUGCACACGACGGGCAAGAAAGCACACCAUUCACGUAAUUGUACGUAAUAGCCGCUGGUGGGCGGGCUUUCAGCUCAUCCCGUCUGACAUCGAGUUCCACAAGUCGACGGGAUUCAAAAUCACUGGUUUGCUUAACUACGAAAGAUCUCCACACAGGGCGGUCGGGGGCAAAUAACUUAACCCACAUAGAUUCGACUUAAAUCAGAGGUCACUUAUAAAUAUAAAAUUAAAAUCUGAAACUUGUAAUACAUCUCGUUGGUAUAAUUCAAUUCAGAGACAUGGACGUGGAAUUAUAAAAGAGGAACUGGAUACGGUUAUAAUUAUAACCAUAGAUCUAAAGUAAAAAUAAGCCUAUGCAAACAAAUAAGACCGAACAGUUUUAUUAAGCAAAACACAGCGCCAUCUGUUGAAUACUACGUAACCUACGUGGCCGAUGGUCAGAGAGAAAGGGACAAUCAAGUCUCUUAGGCCAGAGACAUACACGAAAGUAGACUGUACUCUCGCCUCCAAAACACGUGUCUAGAAAAAUGGCUCGCGGGAGACCUUAGUCUUUUUUUUCUUUAGGGCGACGAUGAAGUGAAAAUUGAAUAUAUGUUAUCAUUGUUGCCACAGCUAAACAAGGCAUGCUACUAUUAUUAAUAUAAAUGUUAUUAUUAUAGAUUUUGCCGUACUAGUUUAUUAAAUUCACUUAAGAAUAUUAAGUGGGAAUAAGUGGGAGUUAAACAUAUUAAAAUGUGUUAGAUUAAUACAUUAUUUUUAAUUACUUACAUACAAAAUACUUUAUAAACAAAGAAGCUUGAUUUUUGCUGAAUGUCAACAUUUAGAAGGACUAUUCUUAAGUGAGUCAAUAAACUAGCCUACCUACCUAGCUAAUAAAAAUGACAUUUAGUUUAAUAAUUAUGGGAAUAGCAGAGGUCUCCCUCGAGUUAUCUCGCUCGGCACGUUUUUUGGAGGCGAGAGUGCAGUCUACUUUAAUAUGUAUCUGUAUUUUCGCUGUUACACCGACUAGCAGAGGUCAUAAUGAAACAAAAUGAUCGCUUAAAAUUUGUUUUAAGCUAGAAAUUAAUGUAAUCUGAAAUAAUUUACCGACGGUAUGAAAUCUCGUAAGUGUAUUUGAUUUUUCUGUAAUAGUUUUUACACAAUUUCACGACACAAUUAGGCAUUUAAAAAAUGGGAAUAGCAUUACGUGACGCCUUUCCACUGCGCAAUUCGCCACACAACUGAACGCAGGGGUGUAUGUAACUAAAUGCGAUUUUACACCCAUGUAGUAGGCCCCAUUCGUAGUGCUCAUAAGGCUUGUCUUUACGAAGUAUAUAUGUCUAUGGGUUAAACCAAGUACGUAACAUACUGCGUAAGUUUUAUCGACACACAGAAUGUAACAAAAAUAAUUGGAAUCCGUGUAAGGGUAAAUUCGGUAUCGUGUUAUUUAUUAUUAUGAAAAAGUAGAACAAAUUUAUUUCGUCACGAAAAAGUUUUGUCCUUUGUAUGCAGAAUUGGCCGAUUUGAACGACACGACAUGCCACAAAGAUUUUUUUUCGUCGUAAAAAAAUAUUUUACUUUUUCUUAAUCAGUACGAGUGUGAUAGUCGUUCUUGUACUUGAUAAAAUGGCGUCCGUCACUUUCAAUCCCUUGGUGUUAAAAAGUGACGGAUAUUUUAUCACGUGUAAAUGAACAGUCAACCUUGUAUAGUCAGCAUUUAAAAUACAUUGAUUAUUAACUGCGUAUCUAAAAUAAACAUGCAGUUUAUACAAUAAUUAAACAAACAAUAAAGAAAAUGCGGACAAGCCCGGAAUGAAACCAAAUCAAAUCAAGCAUGAUGCUCAGAUAUUUUCAUUUAAUCCUGGAAUGUUUUUUCAAUGUUGAAAUACUUUGAAAACAUUGACAAUCGGCAAAUCGCAAAAAGUUGGUUGAUUUAUAUUUUUCCGCAGAGUAGAUCUCCAUGUUUCCAAUUAGGUACUCCAGUCAUUUUACUGUCCAUACUAGCUGAAUGAAUAAUUAUGUAUUAUAGCUAAAUUAUUUAUUGGAUAUACAUGUUAAUACUUACAAUCAUUCUACAAGUUAUUUCGACGAAAAUAAUUAACACAUGCAGGAGACAGUAAAAGUUGAAAUAAAUAUAUGGCCGGGCCCCAUUCUUAUUGCACAAUAGACAUGAGUGCAUACAUUAAGAUAGUUACUUGUACUUGUUAUGAUUGUUUAUAAAUGUUGUUUAUAAUAUGGCCCUGGGCUCUUUUAAUUGAUUGUCAGUGUCUUAGGGACAGUUGCACCAAACUGUCUGUUACCGUUAAAGCGUUCAAUAUAUUUUUUGUAUGGGAAGUUUCAUAGUUCUCUGUUGCGUAACGUCGAUCAGUCUGUUAGGUCGCGGACUGGACGCAUGCGGCGCGCGGUGCGUCAAGCAGGGUAGCGGGCGGCGUGCAGAACAGAUUAAUUCAGUUCUAUAUAUUUUGAUCUGUUUUGGACGACAGCGGCGACCGCUUGCCAAGCCGCCCGCAGCCCGCUGGCCGCGCCAUGCGCCGCUUACUAGUACGUCCAGUCCGCGGCCUAGAUUGUAGUUGGUGCAACUGGCCCUUAUUAGUGUGAGGCUUGAGUGGACACUCGAAGCGGAGCGUUCGGCGGGGCAUGCAGCGUGGCAUCGAGCUCACAAGUGAUUUGAGCAGCGUGCACUAAGACCGUUCCUAUACGUUUGCAUUUGUUUAACAUGCACGCCGCACGCCCCACCCCGCUACACGCCCAACUCGAGCGUCCACUCGGGCUUUACACUUAGAGGCGUGUUAAAUUAUUUUUGUAAAAUAUACUGCGUAGUGUAUUAGGUACAUAUCCAGCUUAUCUGUGAGUCCCUGUAUUUGGUUUUGUAUUGCUAUUAAAAAGUUCUUGGUGUCGUUUAUAGCUUUUGCAAUUCCUUGUCUCUCUCUUCUUCCUCGCGUUAUUCCGGCAUUUUGUCACAGCUCAUGGGAGCCUGGGUUCCGCUUGACAACAAAUCCCAAGAUUUGGCGUAGGCACUAGUUUUUACAAAAGCGACUGCCAUCUGACCUUCCAACCCAGACCUAGGGUACGAGUAAACUAGGCCUUGUUGGGAUUAGUCCGGUUUCCUCGCGAUGUUUUCCUUAUAUAUUAUGAUAUUUCGUACAUAAGUUCCGAAAAACUCAUUGGUACGAGCCGGGGUUUGAACCCGCGACCUCCGGAUUGCAAGUCGCACGCUCUUACCUUACCACUAGGCCACCAGCGCUUGCAAUUCCUUGUAUAAAUAUAAGUAAUAUCAUAUUCAACUCGUAAAGUUUUCCGCUAGGCAAUUUUAGUAGAGCACUUUCCAGUGUGCAUGCUAUUAACUCCAUGACACGGAAAAUUCGCUUAAUUUGUAAUUCGACGAGGGUUGAAGUGAUUUAUAUGACGUCAAUUAUAAUAUUAACACAAUUAUUUCAUAGAUCCAUUCGGAUAAACUGAUUUAUUCAUUCGUCGUUAAUCUAAUAUUUUAGAAUAUCUCAGUGGUGAUAGGCCAUGAAUAUAAUCAUACAUACAUACAUAUAUACAGAGGAUUACUAUAACUUAGCUUAAAUCUAAAAUAGGCCCUUAAUUUUGAUUAUGUUAAACAAUAUUAAAUUUUAUAGCCAUUUAAAAAUAUUUUUUACAUGAUUUUCAAUCGUGGCUGAAUGCCGAAAAAGUAGGUGUGUGACUUCGAUACCUAACCUGUCAAGAAAUGACAAUAUGGCGGACGAAUGUUUGAUAUGUCAUCGUAUUUAAGAAUUAUUUCGGUUAAAACUUAGUUUUUUACUCACCAGUGUGAUGAAAAAUAUUGGCCUGUCCUUCGGCUUCGGGCUUACUUAUAUAUGUUCGUAAAUUCGUCUUUACCGCCCUUAAUACACAAUUAAUAUUUAUUAUACAUUAGUUGUUGUAUUAUGCAAUCGCGCAGUGUCAGGGAGUCGGCAGCGGAACCUGCCUGACUGACUGCCUGACACUCUUCGGCGAAAACUCCUCCUUGUGGAAGGAUAACAAAAGGAUGUUACGCUUUAUGUUAUGAGGCCAUAGGCUUUGGUUUUCGCUUAUGACCUGGUGGUUAUGGCUGGUGGUAGUGGAUUCGUUUAUUUGUUUUUAGUUUGGCGAAGCACUGGUGGCCUAGCGGUAAGAGAGUGCGACUUGCAAUCCGGAGGUCAUGGGUUCGAACCCUGGCUCGUACCAAUGAGUUUUUCGGAAUAUUCACCAGUCACUUUUCGGUGAAGGAAAACAUUGUGAAGAAACCGGACUAAUCCCUAUAAGGCCUAGUUUACCCUUUGGGUUGGAAGGUCAGAUGGAAUUCGCUUUCGUAAAAAAUUGUGCUCACGCCAAUUCUUGGGAUUAGUUGCCAAGCGGAAGGCUCCCAAAAGGUUUUUUUGCCCUCAAAGUUGUAAAUAUUUUUGCUAAGCUAGCUCUUCGUCUAUAACUGAGUCAUGUUUAAGUCAUUCAUUUGUUCCUGGAACUUUAUUAUGAAACAGUUAUCAGAAAAAACAUCCAUUAAGUGUUAAUAUAAUUGCUUUGACAUUUAUAAGGUUACUUUAAAAUAUUACAAUUAACUAAGUGUAUUAAUCGAACUUGGCUAAUGGAUUAUGUACUGAAAUAGUCAAUUUCGAUCGAAGCGUUGCCAAACCUAGAUGUGUCGAUAGAAAUGGAGGGACUCAAGUCUGAGAUAAAGUUAUUGACUAUGGUGAUAAUCGGGGAGAAUAUGUCGUGUAUUUACAGAAAUUUUUUUUCGUUUACUAGACAACGGCAAAUAAGGGUGGUUUUUAGAGUCAUAAUAACAUCGUUGAUUUUUAUAUUGGCAUGUAUAGACAAGAUAUACUUCGUGUAUCGAAUAUUUUAUAACAACAAUUUUAUGUUUUUUGUCAAUGAAGUUGUAUAUGUAGUAUUGACGACCACAAUAACUUUGCUUGAUUUUAUUCUUAGUAUAAAAGACUCUAUGACGUUUUGUAUAAUCGUGUCGAAGAUUAAUCUUGUUCAUAGAUACUGCUCUAAAGGUAACGUUUACCCUAAAGCUCUUCAAAUAUUGACUUGGAAAGUAACAGUCAAUUCGAUUGUUCUUGCAUUGUCAUUUGUUGUGAUGGAAAUUUCUAACAAACCAUUUUCAAACCGGGACUUUUACCAUUGCGCCAAACUUGCGCUGCAAAUACUUAUUAAUUUUUGGAAAGAAAUACAGGUUUUUCUUAAAAUUCUAACCUUUAAUGUUAUAAUUAGUAUAAUCACCUUAGCGAUUAAACAAAUAAAAAUAAAUUUAGUUGAACCUCUUGAGACAUUAGAAAACAUCGACAGCACGAAAGGAGACAACGAGGACAUAUUAGUAAGAGUCAAUAUGAAUAAUAUAAGAUAUACCCUAAAAGAAUCAAUUGUGGCAUUUGAUCGUCUUCAAAUAUGCAGUAUUAAACUCAAACAAUGUUUUGGUGUACAGGUAAAUUUUAUUUUGUAUUACUUUGAUGAAUUCCUUAAAUAUAUGAGUAUGAUGUAUUUAUGAUAUUUACAUUGAAUAUUAUCAAGCACUUUAAUUUUUUUCAGGUGGUGUUUUCGAUAUUCAACCUCUCAUUGUUUUACGUAUUUCUGUGUUAUCGUGGAAUUACAUCUUUGUUGCAGGCUGGAGUAAGUUAACAGUAUUUAAUUAGACGAAUUCUGCGCUGUCAAGGGGGGGGGGGGGGGGGGUCCACACAGAACGACCCUAAAAUUAAUUACAGGACUAGAUAUACCUCAUGCCAUUGUAUAUCCAAAGUUUUAUUACAAUCCACCACUUAGUUUUAAAAUGAGAACGAAACUCAUUUUGUAUGGGAAGGUGAAAUUCGGCCGAGCUUGCCGGGGACUCUUAAUGUAUCUAGACACUAGUGGAUGACUUGAAUUUAAAUAAAGUUAAUUAUAUAUAUUCAUAAAACUAUGCAUAAUAAAUAUUUCAUUCAUUCAUUCAUUAUUUUAGGAAUCAGGAUAUCAAGGGAACCCCGUCGACACCAUAAUUCAGUUGAUAAAUUUUAUGGGCGCCAUUUUUGCUGUGCUUUACGCUGGUCAACAGGCGUACAAUGAAAUAAACGAGUUGAGGAGAGCUAUGGCGAGACUGUAUAACGCACUACUUAGGAGUAAGUCUAAUACGUGUUAUACAAGUAGCCUUACCACGACUGCUUUAGUGUCAUGUUAUUUCAGUAUAUUGUUUAAAAAAAAAACCGGUCAUGUGCGAGUUAGUUAUACUCGCGCACCGAGGGUUGCACCUGAACAAACUUCGAAUUAUCCCGUAUAUAGAGCAAUAUUUGGUUUAAGUUACUUUGUCCCAGUAAAAAAGCUUGUAUUCACGGGAAUUUUAAGUAAAUUAUUUAUUUUUUAUGAAGUUCCAGGUCCAGACGCUUUGCAACUACAAAAAACAGUUAAAAUUUUUCAUGGACAAAUGGCACUUGACCCAAUCAAAAUCAAAAUAAUGUCCGUGAUGCCAGUGCAGAUGGCAUUAGUCCUGCAAAUAUUAUCGACUAUCGUAUCAUACACUAUCAUCUUUCUACAAUUCAAUCACGUAGUGUAAAUUUGAAAAAAAUUAACAAAUGGAUCCACGGGACACCUCAAAUGAUCAGGCGUAAAGGCAAAGCGAAAAGAUGGUGGAACGUCUUGGACGCUUUCGAAAAAGAAUGGUGAGAAAAAACAACAGCAGGACAUGGAGAAAAAGAGGGAAUUUGCUCAGCAGCAGGAAUAUCUCUGUAGGAACGAAUAUAGUAUUAGAAUAGAAUGUUUUUUUAUUAGUAAACACAAACGAGAUAAAUUACAUAUUAUAACAAAACUAUAGAAGGAAUACAGUGCCAUGAAAUAGCCUCAUCUCAGCAUGUUGUUGGUGACUUCCAGCGCUGAUCUUCCGGUGCAGGUGCAGGACAACAGAUGAAAGACAAAAAAGAUAUUACAUGCAGUGGAUAAAUGGCUAGAGAUAAGGAAAAGUUAUACAACAAGAAGGUACAAUAUAAAUACUAAAAUAAAAUUACAUAAUAUAAAUGGUUGUAAGUGGUAAUGGUCGUAAGAUGACUUAAUUUAUGAACGAAAGGCUGUAAUACAAACUAGCGAUAGGACGUAGGGAAAGGUAGUAGUAGAAAUCACUUUAAUGUACAAAAUCAGGUUCACACAAAAUGUAUAGAAAUUGAGGUACAAAGGCGAACUUAUCUUUAUAAAGGAUCUGAAGUGGAAAACUUUAAUUAAAUAGACAAACUUAGGGAAUUUACAAAAAUAUUUGGAAGAACUAUUAAAACAUUGUCCACGAUAAAUACCAUUAUAGAAUAUUACUAGCAUAAAUAUAUAUCACAUACGUAAAUAUCACAAGUGUAACAAUAAUACAUUGUGAUACAAGUGUGCUAAGUUGGUCAUUAUACACGAGGCGAGCUGUAAGCGAGCGUGCAAUAAGAAAGCGGAUGUGUGUAAUCACCAUAGCACACGCGUUUCAUACGAUGUUUUUCAACACACUUGCGAGGAAAAAGGAAACUUUCAUAUUAAUCAUAUUUUAAUUGUUAAAUCGGUUAGUAAAAAUCUUGCAUCUGUUAUACUGCCUGCCGGCCCUCGCCCCGCCGCCCGGCAGCCGGCGGGGCGCCGACUCCCGCCAGUCCACGUUGUAAAAUCUACUCGACCAAUUUAAGACGGCUCCGUUUCCAUACAUAUUAUUAGCAAUCAGUAGGUAACCUUCUUAACUCAGUCGGAUGAUAUAAUGAAAAAGCACGAGUGUUAUAAUAUACUGAAUAAGCACGCGUGUUUAAUAUCUAGGAUUAUGAGCCAAAAAUCGGUGGAAUAAAAACGCCGUUUUGAGCAAGUGUGUUGAAAAUAAAGGUUAGUACUUAACCAAAUCACGCUUGAUUGGAAAGCCAACGCAUCCUUAGAUACGCCUUGAGUGACUCAACAGAGUGGGACUGUUUGAGCCACAGGGGCACACUUCACAGCGCGCACCGUGAAAUAUUUUUUAUUUGUUAUUUUUGAUUAGCUCUUUUACCAUUACUUUUAAAAUUGUAUUUUCAUGGACCUAGUGUGGGAUUUGCAAUAAAGAAUAAGUUAAUCGAGGAAGUUGUUUUAUUCAAGAAAACGCUUCAUGAAUUCGUAGCUAUGGGUGUAAGUCAAAAAUAUUGACAACAAAACAGGAUGGCUACGACGAAAACUGUUGAUACCAUGCAAAAAUAUAAUUGAAAAUUGGCAAUGGGAAGGUAAUAGAUUAUUUUAGUUAAAGUCAUGUAGGUACAGUCAGCUACGGAGAAAAGGUACCCCCCUUGCAUAGAAAUUUGUAUGUACGUACUUGACAUAUCACUAUAGUAAAACGAUUUAUGACCAUGGUACAAAACGAUCCAGCUACAACUCUUAAGGAAGCUAUGGUUUGAAGACUCGUGCAUGGGUCGACGCGAACUAGUUUUAGCAUUUAGACGUUCCGGACAUAUCCCGUUAAAUAAUUUUGCGUUCUUGAUGAAAAAGGUGCCGUCGCCAAACUGUGACGAGUGUGAAAUAUUGGAGGAUGCAUACCAUGACAUUAUGGAAUUUGUCCGUAACGAGAAAAGAUAUCAUGAACGAAAGCUUAUUAGAAGUUGGGGGUUGCAACCAAAUUUUGGGGCACCCACUAUCUGAGGAUGCAAAAUGUAUAUAUAAACUGGUUUCAUUAGGAUUAAGUAGAAGAUAAGUCACAUGUUUGUAUACGCACAGAGCGACAUCGUCACAAAAGUGACAAAGCUCUUUAAUAAAGAUAAAAAAAAGGUUGGAGUCAAUUAUAUUGUUAAAUACCUAAAUAAUAUAGAGCUUUUUUAAAUGUCUUAAAAAUCUAACGCCAUCAGCACGCCUCACUUAAAAAACGUCAUGUAUAUGCAUGUCAUAUUUUGACGACCGGUUUGGCCUAGUGGGUAGUGACCCUGCUUACGAAGCUGAUGGUCCCGGGUCCAAAUCCUGGUAAGGGCAUUUAUUCGUGUGAUGAGCAUGGAUAUUUGUUCCUGAGUCAUGGGUGUUUUCUAUGUAUUUAAGUAUUUAUAAAUAUUUAUAUAUAUCGUUGUCUAAGUACCCUCAACACAAGCUUUAUUGAGCUUACUGUGGGACUUAGUCAAUUUGUGUAAUAAUGUCGUAUAAUAUUUAUUAUUUAUUUAUGUAUCCAUGCCAAAUUGCAGUUUUCUAGCACUGACGAUCACGGAGAAAAGCCGCGAACGGACGGACAGACGGACAUGGCGAAACUAUAAAGAUCUCUAGGUGACUACAAGACCCUAAAAAGCGUCGCUCUUUAGUUCAAAGCUCCAAGUUUUAAUGUGGUCUGCCCUUAAACAUAAAAUAUCCACAGCUGUCAAUUUUGUCACCCCAUAAUCAGAGCAGUAGGCAUAACUUUCUUGACCGACGCCAUUCUCACAACGCGAAAGACUGUACUUAAUUGCAGUUUUAUAUCUUCUAUUCAAGUCGUUCUAACUUGUUUGCUCUCAGGGUUGUGGGGGGAAGUUAAAGUGUCUCGUUUAACCCUAAUAUCGGGGAACUAUUCUAAUUUUAAAGCGUUGAGAAACUUGGCCGUAGCUUAGAUGAUCGAUUAUGAUCGUUGGUGAUAAAAUUUAGAUAAUAUUGUAGAAAAUUUUAUCAAUAAAAAACUUUAAUCGUUGCUUUCACAAUUUUCAUGAAAGUUUAUAAAAAGCUAAAAAUGAGGAUAUAGGGAGAGGGGUGGAAACAGUUAUUCUUAUAAACGUAUAAGCUAUAUGAAACUUGUUUCAUUCUUUCUGCCGGACCAUAGUUGAGCCUAAGGAACCGCACUAUAAUGGCUGACAGGGGCGGUUGCUGAGUAUCAUAAAUAUAUGCUACAUACCACCCGGGAUGUUCAUAGAGCUUGAUUUCGACUAGGUUGCCUAUAAUUUUGAGACAUUUGAGUAAUUUUCCUUGAGUUAAUAGAGAAAAAGAAACCCAAGUUAGCUUUUCACUUGCCGCCACAGUUACCUACGCAAUUCAACCUUAACUUGCAUAAUAAGUAAGUUUCAUUAGAAGAGCGUUUCUUUUCUUGCAAUUUUUUAUGUGACCUUUUUGCCACUUUUGUGUUAGUUCUAGUCAGGAUCGGGAGAACUUUUCAUCCUUCCCGAAGAAUUUUCAUACAUUUUUCAAACUUUCCUUUUUGUUACCGCCAUACAAAUAAUAUGGGGAAAUGGUAACACAAUAGAAAAAAAUAUGACACAAAAUUAAUGAAAAUGACAUACAUGUAUUUUUAAAAAACGCUCUGAAAUGAACUUCCUCGAAAAGUGGCCUAGGUCGUCCUGCCACUGUGCCAUAAUUAUUUGGUCUGCCUCCGCCGAACUAUCAGUUCAGUUCAGUUUGUAACUUCCCCUACCUACACCCCAAAUCUACCCCAUCUAUUCAACCCCGGACCUAAUAAAAUACUGAACCUAAUCGUUAACAAUCCCACCUUUAAAAUUACCCCUAAAAUUUACCCCAACAAUAAUUUUACCUUAACAAUAAUUUGGCCAAGUGAUCGUCUAGUUACAGGUUAGGACCCCUCGAAGCGAACCGCGGUACCCUAGAUUCUUUAAUGAGUAACAACUAAAUCUUGGACUCUGAUUCUACCUGAUUAAGUUUUACCUAGAUGUUAAGACUCGGGAAUUUACUAUACUAAAUAAUUUAUUAUGAUGAUAGGAAAUAAUCGAUAGGAUAUUAUGUUAAGAUUCAACCUUCAGCAAAAUACCGUAAAACUAAGUUAUUCCAAACCCUUUUCCAUAUUAAAUAUGACAUCUUAUAAGUAGAAUGAAAAUAUAUAACAAUUGACAAGGUAUGAGCAGUGUCGUGGUAAAGGAUAUAGGCUCCGCCCACACGCGCAAGGUCGUAGACGACGGGAGUAGCCUUAAGUUACAGAAAUUAUCAAUGAUUUUUGAUGUAAUGUAAAAUAUAUUUUUAUUAAUUUAUUAGAAAGAUAUUUAGGUAUUGCAGCAUAUAUGAUUAUAUAAAUAUAAAAAUAUAUUUGGUAAAAUCCUGCUACUCCUAUUAAGUCUUCGGGGUAACAUUGAAGCAGCACUCCUGGGAUAAGCCCAUUUACACAUUAUUAUUUUAAACUAAAUGUUAUUACCUAUUAUCUUCUAAACGAGGAGUGAAUGGAUCACACGUGCUGCCUCUAAUGCUAGAUGCAGGUCUGAAGACUCUUACUCCGAUUAGCAAUAUCAAUCGGGCCACCUACUAUCUUAUUAGCCAGACGGGCUAUGACCAACGCUUCGCAACCCAAUGCAAACCUAAGGACUGACGAAAAGAAGCGAUAAGUAUUCGUCAGACACCAUUUACUUAUCUCUUUUUUUUAUAUCUAAAAGCUAAGGCUACUAAGCCAAUAUCCCAGUCCCCAUAGCUAAAAGUAGGCUGAAUUCCUAGGCCUUUCAAAUGUAUAAACGAAGUACAAGUUUAACUCAUUACUGUACUUUAUGAGAUCGAACUAUCAAGGUGAGUAUUAUUCCACUCAAAGAUUCCAAUGGACUGCGCUCGCCUGCCAAAGGGUCUCUAAAACAAACCAUUCUUUAAUCCCAGAAUAGUCUGUGUUCCUAAACCCAACUUGAUAUUUAAGGAUUGAAUAUAUAAAUACCUUAGGACCUGAUCGUAAUACUCAGUACUUCGUCUCUACACCAAAAACCCAGAAAUGAAAAUACAUAGAUAAGAUGUUACAGAUAACCCUCAACUUUCCACUCAGAGUAACAGUCUGGAAGAUUUAGGUAAUUAAAACCCAUUACCAGUAUUUCACUAAUAUUAUCAUCAGUACACGUUAUAAAACCAUAGCUUCACAUCAUUAGAACCUUUUGAAAAAUAUAUAUAUACACUAACCAAUCGAAUUUCUAGAUCAAACCUAAGAGAGACCCUAUAACAGUGUGUGUGACUCUACCCUAUUCCUACCCUUAGACCCUAAUCUAGCAUGUCCAGAACACAGAUCGUACUUACCAUUGAUCUAGUGAUUUGGAACAUACACAAGUGUAUCCCUAAGUCUAAGCUGUAAGCAUUCGGCCGACAAAACCGAGGUAUAGCAAACCCUAGUGUCUGUGUGAUUGGCCCCCUCCUCAUCGCCACGUGGGCACGGUGGAUGAGAAUAGACCGCCCUAGCAUGUCUAUAGGUAAUCAGCACACUAGCACACACACCCGUACCAGUCACAUGGGAUACCCCGCCAUGACUAAAACUUUAUCUGUGUUUGUUACCAAUCAUGACAGAAGCUCUCCCGUGACCAGCACUAGCAUGAGCCAGAGCACCGAAAUAUAUAUAAAUAUAUUUAAUACGAGACCUAGCCUCAAUUACUGCAGACUUCAGUGAGCCGAGAUUACUCUCAAUGGCACGCACGUGAUGCCCUCACAUUCAUCUAACAGCUGGACUUUGAGACUAAGGAGAGUAUGCUCGCCUCUUAUGUUGGUAAAGAAGAGACGCCAAGUCCUCUCAACUUGGAGCAAAAGACUUCUAAACAGCUGCAAUUUGACACCGUUAGGGAGCAGCUGAUUAGAUAGACAAACUGUUAGUCCAAACAGUGAUCUGGCUUUAUAAAAUAACAAACUAACCUCAUAGAAAGGUAAUAAAAUAACAAAAUUAGUUUUUACUAACAAAACUCACAAUAUAGUAACACAGAUAAGGAAGUAAAGAAUCUCCACCAUAGCCUAAGCUUAGCAUUACGACAACAUUGUCCCCGCAAUGCCAAACAUAGACACAAUUUACAAGUUUAAAUUUACCAGGAUAAUUCCCAGCAAACACAAACAAAUAGAAGGAAUAGUAGAGAAACUUUACUUACUCAAAGCCAGAGAUACCGCCAGUCCGAUGGUUAAAGAAUGAAUGCCCAUCCUCCGUACUUUACGGCCCUUUUAUAUACUUUAGUAGCGACAUAACAGCGACAUAACGGCGACAUAACGGCGACUAGCGACAUAAUAGCGACAUAACGGCGACAUAACAGCGACAUAACAGCGACAUAAUAGCGACAUAUCGGCGACAUAAUAGCGACAUAACGGCGACAUAAUAGCGACAUAAUAGCGACAUAACGGCGACAUAAUAGCGAC